UCCGUUGCUAAAUAGAAACGGAAUUUUCCGUUUCUAUUCCGUUGCUAAUAAUUAUUUUAAAUAACCGAAAAUAUUUAUUUUAAACAUAACAACGGAAUUCACGUCCGUUGCUAAAUAGCAACGGAAGUUUCCGUUGCUAUUCCGUUGCUAAUAAUUAAUUCAAAUAACCGAAAAUAUUUAUUUUAAAAAUAACAACGGAAUUCAAGUCCGUUGCUAAAUAGCAACGGAAUUCACGUCCGUUGCUAAAUAGUAACGGAAUUGUCCGUUGCUAUUCCGUUGCUAAUAAUUAAUUCAAAUAACCGAAAAUAUUUAUUUUAAAAAUAACAACGGAAUUCAAGUCCGUUGCUAAAUAGCAACGGAAUUCACGUCCGUUGCUAAAUAGCAACGGAACGUUCCGUUGCUAUUCCGUUGCUGAGCCCUAAAAAAAAGGUGAAUGAACCGCGCCUCCUCCUUCAUUUUUUCAACACCACUUUCACUUCUAUUUCUCAAAAUUCCCAAAUUUCCCCCCUCCGAUUCCCCAUUUCCGGCGACUCCCGCUGCGUGCUCCCCUCCGGCGACUCGUCCACGCCGCCGUUUCCACCGCGCCCCUGCUCGCCCCGCCUCGCUCCGCCCCGCGCCGCUCUGCGCCCUGCGCUGCUGCCCGCCUCGCUCCGCCCCGCGCCGGUCCGCGCCCUGCGCUGCUGCCCGCCCCGCGCCUCGCCGCUGGUCGCCCCGCCUCGCGCCGCUGCCGCCCUGCGCCGCUGCUCGCCCCGCCCUGCGCCGCUGCCCGUCCCACGCCGCGCUGCUGCUCGCCCCGCCCCUCCCUGGCGCCGUGUCCUCUGCUGCCAGCGCCGGAUUCCUCCGCCGCCACCGGUCCUCCUCCUCCGCGGCCACCGGUCCUCUUCCUCCGCUGCCUGCGUCCGUCGGAUUCCUCCAUAGUAUUUCACUCCACCAUUGCUUCUUGAGGAAGAAAAAAAGAAGUCAAGGUGAUCGAAAAGAAAAGCUAGUAACAAAACAAGUAAGUUUUCAUUACAUUAUCUUUUGAAAUGUUAGUAUGGCUCAAAUGGUAGCCAUUGUGAGAUUUUAAAAUUUUAGAUGAGCAUGUAUGUAAGUGUAUUUAUUCUUUUUUUAUAUAUAUUUUAGAUGAGCAUGUAUCUAGGUAGUAAAUGGAGAUUAGGUUGGGGGAUGGCUGUGUUCCAUCCCAUUUUGUUGCUGUGGUGAUGGCUUGGAGCCGCGUAUGUGCUUUUGUGUUUGAUUUAUAGAUUUUGUGUUCAACAUGUGUUAUAUUAAUUAUCAUACUUAAAAAAUCAAUAGAUUUUAAAUUUCUAACAUACUUAAAUGAACCAAAUUGUAGAAAUGAGUGAAAAUCGUGAGUGGAUGUAUCGGCGUUUUCUAUCUGAUGGAGCUUUGAAUCCCGAUUUUCAAAGAGGUCUUCAAGGUUUCAUUGAUUACGCUAACAGUAGACGUGAUUUAAUGGAUGGUGAAAAAAUUAGGUGUCCGUGUAGGAAAUGCGAUAAUAUACGUUUCCAUACUAAAAAUAAUGUUCAGUAUCACAUUGCAAAGAACGGAUUUGUGCGGGAUUACCAUAUUUGGAGGUUUCAUGGUGAAAUUGAAAUGGUCACGACUGAAUAUCAUAAUUUUGAAGAAGAAGAGGCUAAUGAAGAUAAUUAUCAGAAUAUGGUUAUGGAUAUUGCUGCAUCCCAAUAUAACAUUCAAAACAUCGAAGAACCCCCAAAUCCGGAAGCCCAAUUGUUAUAUAAUAUGUUGAAAGCAGCGGAUAAAGAGUUGUGGCCCGGUUGCAAAACUCAUUCACAAUUGUCUCUUGUUGCUCGUGUAAUGAGUUUAAAAGCAGAGGGGAAUAUGUCGGAAAGAUGUUUUGAUCAGUGGCUUGAGUUGAUAAAAGAGAUCCUUCCUGAUAAUAAUUUGGCUCCUACUAAUUUUUACGACACUAAAAAGUUACUGAGUGGGAUGGGGCUACCUGCGCAAAGAAUUGAUUGUUGUCCAAAUAAUUGCAUGCUUUAUUGGGAGGAUGAUAGGGAUUUGGUUCAGUGUAAGUACUGUGGCGAGUCUCGUUACAAAAAUAACAAUCGAGACUCCAGAAGCAGUGGAAAGACAUUAGUAGCAGCAAAGCGAAUGUUCUACUUUCCUCUAACGCCACGUUUACAAAGAUUAUUUGCUUCUAAAGCCACGGCAGCAAACAUGCGUUGGCAUGCAUCAUCUAUAGAUGACGGGGUUAUGCGCCAUCCUUCAGACUCACCUGCUUGGAAGCAUUUGAAUGAUAUAUUUCCUGAUUUUGCAACAGAGGUGAGGAAUGUUAGGUUAGGUUUAUCCACAGACGGUUUCCAACCUUUUGGUCAAUCGGGCCAGCAAUAUUCCUCGUGGCCAGUGAUUGUUACACCCUACAAUCUCCCACCCUGGAUGUGUAUGAAGGAACAGUUUAUGUUCCUUACAAUCUUGGUCCCUGGACCACGCAACCCAAAGGAAAAACUAGAUGUUUUUUUACAACCAUUGAUUGCAGAGCUUAUACAAUUAUGGAAUGUGGGUGUGCUUACAUAUGAUGUGUCGUUGAAGCAAAAUUUCAAUAUGCGAGCAGCUUUACUAUGGACAAUUAGCGAUUUUCCUGCCUACUCAAUGUUAUCCGGGUGGAGUACGGCUGGAAGAUUAGCUUGUCCACAUUGUAUGGAUGAAACUGAAGCUUUCACUUUAUCACAUAGUGGUAAGCAAUCAUGGUUUGACAACCAUCGAAAGUUUCUACCAAUGAAUCAUCCUUUCCGAAGGGAUAAGAAAAGUUUUAUCAAAAAUAAGGUGGUUACUGCACAACCACCUCAAGUUCAAUCUGGGCAAGAGAUAUUGGCAAGAGAUAUUUCACAUAUGAAUUUAACUCACACAUUAUAUGCUUCAAGGUUAUUUGUCGAAUCAUUGCGCAUAUUGGGGAUGUCUGAGGGGGAAAUUGAUAGUAAGAUGGAAACUGAAUUUUCGAGAUGGUUCGAAUCAUACGUGGCGAACCCUGUUAAUAAUGUGACGAAUCAGUUCCUUAUUAGUCUUUCUAGAGGGCCCUUAACAAUGAUAUCAACAUAUCCCGGCUACUUUGUUAAUGGAUUCAAAUUUCAUACGCUUUUACAUGGUACAUUUCGAGCCACUAUGAAUAGUGGAGUGUGCAUUAGGGGUGCAGAUAAUAAUUGCGAGCUUGAUUAUUAUGGUCGUUUGGAAGAGGUGUGUGAGCUUGAGUAUCAAGGUCUGCCAAAGAAGACAACCACACUAUUUAAGUGUGACUGGUUUGAUCCGGGACGGAAUGGGACAUUGGUGCAUCCCCAAUACAAAUUGGUGUCUAUAAACCACACCAAAAAGUAUGGAAAGUACGAACCUUUUGUGUUAGCAGAUCAGGCAAUUCAAGUGUACUAUUGUACUUAUCCAAGUAAAACUCAAUCUAAAAAAGAUUGGUGGGAGGUGUGUAAGAUAAAAGCUAGAUCUAAAGUUGAAGUACCAACUGAAGCAUCUACUGUGGAGGUCGACCAACCCUUUCAAGAUGAAUUUAUGAGCUCAAUACACACAAUUACAGAUGAUGCACCCAACAUAGUUCAUCCUAGUGGCGACUUGAUAGAUAUGGAUGAUGAAGAGGAAGAAGAGGAAGAUACAGUGAUUAGUGAAGAAGAAGAUAAUGAUGAUGCCGAUGAUGAUGAUGAUGACUAUUAG